AUGGCCAAGCAGGUGCGCACCUCAGCGCUGCUGGUGGGUCUGGGUAGCAUCUGUCAAUCACUCACUGCAGAAGCGAUUUUCAGAAAACUUGUAACUGAUCAGAAUGUUCUCGAUAAAUGGAAGGUUAACGGUGCCACAACAUCCAAGCAUGAAACAGAAAACCCUCCUGAUUAUCGAAGGCACAAUGGCCUGAAAGGGCACAGUACUGCCAUGAAUCGCGUUGUCCAGGCAGGUGACCAAGAAGACUUUGCUACAUUUGAUUAUAUAUUAUAUAUGGAGGAAAGCAAUCUGAAAGAUUUGAAUAGAAAAAGGAAGCAACUAUGGAAGCAAGUUAAAAAUGGCAAAGCUAAAAUUGAACCACUUGGCUAUUAUCCAUGAAAGCGACAUAUCAGGGAAGAUCCCUAUUAUGAGAGUGACUCCAGCUUCAAGACUACCUACCGGCAGUGUAUAAGGUGCUGUAGAGCAUUCCUGGAGAAAGUAUGCUGA